AGGAAGAGGAGUGAAGGAAAAGCAUUGGAGAGGUGUAGGAAAAGGGGUAGAUUUCAGGAAAGUCACCAAGAACCACAGCACAAAAACUCAGCUGGGAUAUCCACACAGGGAAAUUAUGUGACAGACUAGCAAGCGUCACAUAUCUCCUGUACAAGCUGAGAACUGGUGUGAUUAAAGAACUCCAAUGAUCUGUGAACUGAGGGGAAAUAUGCUAGCAAUCCUGUAUACAGGUCAACACAAGGAGAGGCAUUCCAAAGUUCGAAGCAGAUUAUGUACCUGCCUGAAUGCAGCAGCCAUUGCUGCAUCUGACUCCUGUGGGCCCCGCACUGUCAGCACUGGUCUCGGAGCCAAUGGGAGUCGACACUCUUUCACAUUUGUCUCUGUCUCGACAACCACUGUCAUCUCGGGCAUAUUGACAAAUGCUGGCACAAAGAUAAAAACCACAAGAGCAGAGAAGGCUGCGAGACAACGUCAGCCAAUAGCCCACUGACUAGGACCGCACCACGACAGGAGAUGCCUCUACAAGAAGAGAAUAUAAGUGCUGCUUCUGCGAGCCUCGGCUGCACAGUACUAGACCAGCACUAGGAGAGCAUUACAAUAGCAGCUAUUAGUGAUCCAUAUCCAUUGCUUGUAUGGACAUAGUAUAUAGAGAAAGACACUGAUUGUUUGCCUGUCACCCAUCAAU